AUGUACCACGUACAUUGUUUUUUUAUUUUACAGAAUGCAAACAAGCCAUCUGCUCAUAUUGAAUCUAUAAACAAACAUCAAGUGACCUAUCAGGCCAACCAAAGUAUGUGUUUCUUUACCAUCCGCUACACCUUCCCCACUCCACUAAAAAAGUCAAAUAACAUCAAAUCUCAUUAAUUUUUAGAGUGCCUCUUUCAUAGUAAAAUGCAUGACUGUACAUUAAAUUGUAAUUUGGGGACUACAGAUCAGAACUAAUUCGUCCAUUUGUUUCUUUCGAUGUGGACCGGCGAAUAUAUACAAUACACAUCACCCCUGGAUUACAACAAGGCCUUGCGCGUUAGUGGAAAUCACCCAGAAUUAACAUCAGUUUUCUUUCAUUUUCAUCCCAUAGUGAUCAAAGACUGGUCUGUCAGUGCCCCGUACAGCCAUCUUGCUGGAGGGAUGAAGUACCAUGAUGGAAAACUGACUGUGCCUACCACUGGACGGUACUAUAUCUACCUGCAGGUCUACUAUCACAGCGUAGGAAGGAUCUAUGUUUAUGUCAACAGCAAACCCGUGACCAUGUUUCAAGGCCCUUGGCCGGGAAAAGGCGACCAUGGUACCGCGUACUCAGCCGGUGUUUUCAACCUGAAAUCUGGUGACAUCAUCACGAUUGCUUCGGCUUCCGCCAACUGUAGAAUUUUCAUGUAUACCUACCACACCUACUUUGGCGCGUAUUUGAUUUAA